AUGCAUCGAUCAUAUAACGUUUAUGUGUACCGUUGGGAAUGCCCUUUCUUAAUUAUUUCAUUCAAUUGCAACAUUAAGUACGUUUGUGGUUAUCCAUAUUCACUUGUAAUGCUCUUCUCAUUUCAAACAAACUAUUCUCUCAUAUCUGAUGUCUAUGUCUUAUUUUUGUAUCUGUGUAACUCUCAAAUUGCUGUUUUAGGUGAUAAUGUAGCUGCAAAAUAUGAGAAUUUCGUGAAUAUUCAACAGAAAUUACAAAAAAAGGUUAACAUUCAUGAUACUAUAAAUACAUUACCUACUAAUAUAGACUCAUAUAUACUCAAUUGCUUGAUACUUAGUCUUUUACAACCUACUCUAAUUACACCCGAAAUAAGAACUUGUAUAUUCUUACUCUUUCUCUGUCCAAGUUCCCAUAAAGUUCUUUCGGGGUUUAGCCGGAAGCGCUCGCCAGCACUAUAG